AUGGCACCUUCGAAGCGAGCUCGAGCAGCCGACUCGAGUGAUGGCGGUUCUCAGCCUACGAAGUUUCGGAAAAGCGCAGCUGCUGCGAGACGCGACAUGCUCGAGGGAGGAGGGUUGCUGCAGUCAAGCAAGCGAGUGGUGGCAAAGGAUGUGCUGUCCCAUACCAAAGUCCCCAACAAGUCACGCCAAAUCUACACGAGGAAUGAGACACAGUCGAGAUUGUUGAAGCUGCCAUCCGAAGUCCGCAACCAGAUCUGGGAUCUCGUCAUCGGCAGCAACACGGUUCAUGUAUGGAGCCAGAGCACGGAAGUCAACAGCCUGAAGACUGACAGAAGUCUCUGUCGCUCCGUAUGCCAGCGCGAGGAGAGUGAGAAAGAGGAGGCCAAGAACAUCAAGACAGCUCAUGAUACUCAGAAGCAAGCCGGCUAUCAUGAGCGCCACGACUCCUGCAAGCACGCCAAUCAACUACGUGCCUACAACACGAAAGACCAACUUACCACUACGUCGAUGAACCUCGCCCUGCUACAAUGGAUCAUCGAUGUGGAGGCCUUCAUCUCGCACCUCGUUCCCACCCAGGUCCAAGCAGUACAGAACAUCAAUUUUGUGAUGCAUCACUUCGAGUCCGACGAGAAUUUCGAGAAGAUGCUUCAGAAGCAGCUGUCAGGUCUCAAGUCCCUGGUCAUCUUCGUGCAAUUCGUGGGUGGCGAGCCCCACGCCCCCGAUGUUGGUGUGUCGGACAGCUACUACGGAGAUGAUGAGUAUUAUCGGCAGCGUGUCUUGACAGAUGUGUUGAAGCUACAGCGCUUACCGGCGGAAGAUGUCACGGUGGCUGCUUACAACUCCCCGGGUCGCUUUGUGUACCGCGGGGAGAGAAGCGCCGUGUACUCAUCGAUGAAGGAUUUCGAGAAGCCAGUUGAGAAGAGCUUGAUGAAAAAGUGGUGA